UUUUAAGAUGGCAGGAAAAUCUCCAGCAAUUGGAAUUGAUCUUGGAACAACAUAUUCAUGUGUCGCUGUUUUCCAGCACGGGAAAGUAGAAAUAAUUGCCAACGACCAGGGUAACAGAACAACUCCUAGUUAUGUUGCCUUCACGGAUACAGAGAGACUUGUUGGCGAUGCAGCAAAGAACCAAGUAGCACUGAAUGCAGAAAAUACUAUUUUCGAUGCUAAGAGACUGAUCGGAAGAAAUUUUACCGAUUCCGCCGUACAGUCCGACAUGAAGCAUUGGCCAUUCAAAGUUAUCAACAGUGGCGGUAAACCAAAACUACAAGCCGAACACAAAGGAGAAACAAAAACAUUUACACCAGAAGAAAUAAGCUCUAUGGUUUUAGUUAAAAUGAAAGAAACUGCUGAAGCGUAUCUGGGAAAAAGGAUAACAGAUGCUGUCAUCACGGUACCUGCAUACUUCAAUGAUUCCCAAAGACUAGCCACAAAGGAUGCUGGGUGUAUUGCAGGACUGAACGUACUAAGGAUUAUAAACGAGCCAACUGCUGCGGCAUUAGCUUACGGUCUGGACAAAAAUCUAUCUGGUGACAAGAACGUUCUGAUAUUUGAUUUGGGAGGAGGAACAUUUGAUGUCUCCAUUCUGUCGAUCGGUGAGGGUUCAUUGUUUGAGGUACGUUCCACAGCUGGAGACACUCAUCUUGGAGGGGAGGAUUUUGAUAACAGAAUUGUUAAACAUUUCAUUACUGAAUUUAAGAGGAAGCAUGGUAAAGACAUUUCUAGAAAUAAUCGUGCAAUCAGAAGAUUAUUAACUGCAUGUGAGAAAGCAAAAAGAACAUUGUCCAGCAGUACAGAGGCUAACGUGGAGAUUGACUCAUUGUUUGAGGGCAUGGAUUUCUACACAAAAAUCACCAGAGCACGAUUUGAAGAUCUAUGUCAAGAUUUGUUCAGAAAGACUAUGGAACCGGUCGAAAAAGCUUUGAGGGACGCAAAACUGGACAAGGGAAGUAUUAAUGAGGUUGUACUUGUUGGAGGCUCAACAAGGAUCCCAAAAAUACAGAAAAUGUUAUCGGAAUUCAUGAAUGGAAAGGAAUUGAACAAAUCUGUCAAUCCUGACGAAGCUGUGGCCUAUGGUGCAGCCGUACAAGCAGCUAUCCUAUCAGGUGAUCGUAGUGACGUCAUUAAAGAUGUACUGUUAGUAGACGUAGCUCCAUUGUCCCUCGGAAUCGAAACAGCCGGUGGUGUCAUGACAAAACUAAUUGAAAGGAAUACAAAGAUCCCUGCAAAAGCGUCCAACACUUUCACAACAUAUUCAGACAACCAGCCAGCAGUAAGCAUUCAAGUUUUUGAAGGAGAAAGAGCAAUGACCAAAGACAAUAAUACUCUUGGAAAAUUCGACUUGACUGGUAUACCUCCAGCUCCUCGUGGUGUACCUCAAAUCGACGUAGAAUUUAACAUUGACGCAAAUGGACUAUUACACGUAUCGGCUAAAGACAAAAGUACAGGAAAUACAAAGCAAAUUACAAUCACAAAUGACAGAGGAAGGCUCAGUAAAGAAGACAUUGAUAGAAUGGUUUCCGAAGCAGAGAAAUACAAAGACGAAGAUGAAAAACAAAAACAGCGAGUUUCAUCAAGAAAUCAACUUGAGAACUAUAUUUUCAGUGUUAAACAAGCGACAAAUGACUCUGGUGACAAGCUGACAUCUGAGGAAAAACAAACUGUUACAACAGCUUGUGAAGAAUCACUUAAAUGGUUAGAUCAAAACUCAUUAGCAGAGAAAGAUGAAUACGAAGACAAAAUGAAAGAACUUCAGAGAGUGUGUUCACCCGUCAUGACAAAACUUCAUGGAGGUGCUCAAGGUGGACCGGCUGGUAGUGCAGGGGGACAACACGGGGGACCAACUGUGGAAGAAAAAGUGAUCUCUAAAAGAGCGGGGGUUCAAAACCCGGACACCCCUGGAUCCGCCAACGUAGCUCCAUUGUCCCUCGGAAUCGAAACAGCCGGUGGUGUCAUGACAAAACUAAUUGAAAGGAAUACAAAGAUCCCUGCAAAAGCGUCCAACACUUUCACAACAUAUUCAGACAACCAGCCAGCAGUAAGCAUUCAAGUUUUUGAAGGAGAAAGAGCAAUGACCAAAGACAAUAAUACUCUUGGAAAAUUCGACUUGACUGGUAUACCUCCAGCUCCUCGUGGUGUACCUCAAAUCGACGUAGAAUUUAACAUUGACGCUAAUGGACUAUUACACGUAUCGGCUAAAGACAAAAGUACAGGAAAUACAAAGCAAAUUACAAUCACAAAUGACAGAGGAAGGCUCAGUAAAGAAGACAUUGAUAGAAUGGUUUCCGAAGCAGAGAAAUACAAAGACGAAGAUGAAAAACAAAAACAGCGAGUUUCAUCAAGAAAUCAACUUGAGAACUAUAUUUUCAGUGUUAAACAAGCGACAAAUGACUCUGGUGACAAGCUGACAUCUGAGGAAAAACAAACUGUUACAACAGCUUGUGAAGAAUCACUUAAAUGGUUAGAUCAAAACUCAUUAGCAGAGAAAGAUGAAUACGAAGACAAAAUGAAAGAACUUCAGAGAGUGUGUUCACCCGUCAUGACAAAACUUCAUGGAGGUGCUCAAGGUGGACCGGCUGGUAGUGCAGGGGGACAACACGGGGGACCAACUGUGGAAGAAGUUGAUUAAGAUAUAAAUU